UGUGUAUAAGCAGCCCACGACUUUGCCGAAUGUAAAUGAUGAUAUCGAUUGAACCCCCUCGCUUGACAUCGACCUCACUCUCAAUUUCCACAGCCUUGCGACAAACACCACCAAAACAUACAUCCGACUUCAUACAACUCUCAAAUCUGCAAACUACUUGUAAUACCUUGAGAAAUACACUCUUCAAGUACACGCGACCAAUAAUUGAACAACAAAAUGUCCUCUCAGCCGGUAAAACCGCCGUUGCCUGGUCAAUCUUCUCAUCCUCAACGAGGCUCCCAGUCAGGGCUACGAUAUCCUUCGACCGGCAAAACCAUAUACCAUAGACCAUUGAAUCGCAGUAAAACACAGGAGUUAAGCCAGGCUAGCUUUGCAUACCUAUUUGGGGAGAUGGUUAGUUAUGCGCAAAGACGAGUUACUGGUAUUCAAGAUCUUGAGAAGCGGUAAGAUCAUACAUGGCCAGUACCCUAGGAUUCUAUAUAUGAGAUUCUAAAAUGAAACUACAGACUAAACGUCCAAGGUCACCCGAUCGGCCUCAAACUCCUUGAUCUUCUAAUAUAUCGCGAACCUCCACGUACUCAAACACGCCCCCUAAACAUCAUUGCCCUUCUCCAAUUCAUAACCACUGUUCUUUGGCGUCAUCUCUUUUCUCGACCAGCAGAUGCUCUCGAGAAAUCUUCAAAUCCAGAUACUCCAGAAGAAUACAUGAUAUCGGACAAUGAACCUCUGGUAAAUCAAUAUAUUAGUGUCCCUAAAGAAAUGAACCAGUUGAAUUGUGCGGCGUUUGUUGCGGGUAUUAUUGAGGGUGUUUGUGACGGAGCGGGGUUCCCAGCUAGAGUGACGGCGCAUAGUGUGGGAAGGGGUGAGGAGGGAGAACUGUGGCCUGGAAAGACUGUGUUCUUGGUCAAGUUCCAGGAGGAAGUGGUGGAAAGAGAGGCAUUUUUGGCCAAGAGUUAGAAGGGAGGCAGGUAUCAUUUGAGCUUUCUAUUUCCACGGGUAUCCAUGAUCAUAUGUUGGGCGCAAAGGGGCAUCAUUUGCAUGGAGUUUUAUGGUUGAAUUGGGUCUUUCGUCUGUCCCGCGGUCGUUGUAUUCGACUAGAUACGAUAUGGAAGUGAACAUAUGGCUGUCACUAUUUACGUAACU